UUCUCGUUACCGAAGUCUCUCUCUUUCUUUCUUUCUAAGUCCCCAAAUUCGCUUCUGCAAUUCCCGUUCAGGUUUCAAGGAGCAGCACUCAUGUGAUAACCAAACCAAACCAAAUGUGUAGUAAUUGUGGUUGUUUCUGGUUCUGGAGAAUUUGAAAACUAAUCAAAUAUAGAAUCGAAGGAAAGAGAACGAUUCACUGGAAAGCGGUCAGUUUUGGGAUAAUUUUAAUGGGUAAUAAAUUGGGAAGGCGGAGACAAGCUGUGGAUGAGAAGUAUACACGCCCACAAGGGUUGUAUGUCCAUAAAGAUGUGGAUAUUAAGAAGCUAAGAAAGCUGAUACUUGAAUCAAAGCUUGCGCCUUGCUAUCCUGGUGAUGAAGAUUGCUGUUUUGAUCUUGAAGAAUGCCCAAUUUGCUUCUUGUAUUAUCCAAGUCUCAACAGAUCAAGGUGCUGCAUGAAAAGCAUUUGCACAGAGUGUUUUCUGCAGAUGAAGAAUCCUAAUUCAACCCGUCCUACACAGUGUCCUUUUUGCAAAACCUCUAACUAUGCUGUCGAGUAUCGAGGUGUGAAAACAAAAGAGGAAAAAGGGAUAGAGCAAAUUGAAGAACAACGAGUCAUAGAAGCUCAAAUUAGAAUGAGGCAGCAGGAACUUCAGGACGACAAAGAGAGAAUGCACAAAAGACAAGAAUUGAGUUCUUCAAGCACCGCUGUUGCAGCAGGAGAAGUUCAGUACAAUUCAGUUGGAGAUAGAUCCUCUGGCGAGGAGGAGAUAUUUUCUUCUCAAGAUUCACCAGCGGCCUCUAUGAUUAGACAACCCUCACAUUUUGGGGCUAACAGGGACGAUGAGUUUGACAUAGACCUUGAGGAGAUAAUGGUCAUGGAAGCAGUUUGGCAGUCUAUUCAGGAGAACAGCAAACACAGAAAUUCCAACUAUGUAGAUGCUGCUCCUUCGGUGCAUUAUGUUUCCAUGGACCGCUAUGUCUCACCAGCCAUGACCACAGUUGCAGGUUCAUCAUCAUCUCCUUCUGGUGGACUUGCAUGUGCAAUAGCUGCCCUUGCUGAGCGUCAGCAGACAGGUGGAGAGUCUUCUUCUCUUAACCAUGAUGGAAAUAUGCCGUCAUUCUGUAUGCUUCCCGGCAGCAGCAGCAGGGGGUUUUAUAACAGGUCUGAAUUGGACCCAGUUGCCGGGAACUAUCCUCCUGCAGAUAUUCCAGUCGGUGAUGGUGUGAUGACACCAGCAAGAGAUGAAGGGAAAUGGGGUUUAGAUCAUGGAUUAGAGGGGGCUGAAGCAGGGACUAGUUAUUCAAGCUCUGAUGUGACACAAGAUGCCCGUGGGAUCUCAGAAAUACCUCAAGAACAUGAAAUUCUGGGCAGCUUUCAGAAUGCUCCCGGCCCUGGAUCCAUUAUUCCCGAAAUUUACGAGGAGCAGAUGAUGCUGGCAAUGUCUGUAUCUCUGGCUGAAGCUAGAACAAUGACAAGUGGCCCUGGCAUUUCAUGGCAAUAGGUUCAUGGACUGGCUUCCCGUUAUCGUCUUUCUCGAAUGGAUGAUGCUGGCCAUGGCUGUUAACUAGUUGAGUACCGACUCUCGAGCUGGAUGCAACUGGUUUAAAGGUCAAGGUAGUGAUGUUCCUUUCUCUAUUUCACACUAUGAUCACUCCAUAAAUAUAUAUAGAUAGAUAGAUAGAUAUUAGCAAAGUAAACAGGUUAUUGUAGCAGAUGAAAAGGUAGGUUGUUUUAUCCUAUUCAUAAUGUUUUGAAUCC